AUUUUGUCUUUGGCCAAUGGUUCAAUUGUGUCGUCUGAAGUGAGCGAUGUCUGUUUGUUUUUACUGUCAGUGCCAUUUGAUGUGUUGACAAGUUCUUUUAAAUAUUCGUCAUUUUUCUGUGUCGUCACAGUAAAACAUGUUGCACGGACUUUACGAGGUCGGAGCAGCAUAUAUUUCGAGCUUACAAAAUGGGUUGAAGCCACUGGAAAGCGUAUUACUGAAAAUUUCAUCAGCAUCCGAUCCAGCAACAGUUGUAUCAACUGUUUUCCCCCUUGUUGUUGCAUUUGACCCACAACUAUCGGCUGAAGUGCUAAUUGUGUCAACAACUGCAGAAUGGUUAAAUACCCUGUUAAAGUGGCUGUUUAUGGAGCAUCGCCCAUAUUGGUGGGUGCGGGAACAGCAGUCGCACAUAAUGCUACAACAAACACACAUGACCUGCGAAACUGGCCCAGGUUCCCCCUCAGGACAUGUCAUGGGCACUACAGCUGUGCUGUAUAUCUUUCUGUGUUGGUUUAUUAAUACUGUACUGUUGCCAAGUACAGGAAAAAGUGCUGUAAGGAAAAUGCUGCUGAUAAUUCUCUCAUUGACUGCCUUUAUGGGGACUGUUGCAUUGGUUGCUGUAUCAAGAAUGUACAUAGCUGCUCAUUUUCCACACCAGUGUAUUCUAGGCUUUAUAUGUGGUGUAGCUGUUAGCUGGCUGGUAAAAAAACUGAAUUGGUGGAGGACAGCAGGCAGGCUUAAAUUAACGAUUGCUGCUGCUUGUCUUACGGCAGUUUCUGUUGUUUCUUAUUGGCUACAGAAAAUUGCAGGUGUGGACCCUCAAUGGUCUGUUUAUCUUGCUCUGAAGUGGUGCUUCCAAGAGGAAAAUGUUAACAUAACAACCACACCCCUAUUUUCUCUUGUCAGAGUGGCUGGCACUACAUUUGGGGUAGCUCUAUCUGCACCAGUUUUUAGAUUAAGGAAGAGCCAAAGACCAGUGAAAGCAUUUCUGGCAUCAUAUGUUGCUGCUCUGUUGAUUGCAGGUGCCUCUGAAACUGUUACAACAUCUAAUGUGUUUAUAUUUUACCCACUACAGUUUCUUCUGUUUACGCUUCAACCAUGGUUGCUGUUUAAAAUAAUACCGGAGGUGAUGUGAAGUUGAAGCUUUGGUUAUUGUUGCUGUUGCUUAUAUGAAGCAACCUAAUGUGUUGAAACAACUGAAAAUCAUUUGGAUUGCUGAGAUGCAGAAAUACCAUGAAGAUUGUUAGAGACUGCUUCCAUAUACGUAUUUGUUUCCAAGACAAAGGCAUAUUAGUUUGUCAGCAUGUUGUAUAAAUGUGAGCCUCAGAAUUCAUUCAAUUGUUGUAUUUGCUGUUCAUGUAUUUAUAGUGUAUUGCAUCUGUAUAAAUAUGAUAUAGAAUAAUUUCAAGUUACAUAAUAUUGAAAGAUGAAACAUGCACUUAUUUUAUGCACUAAAUCCACAGAGUGCAAUCAUCGCAUAAUUAUGAUCAUUAAUUUGUGAAUGUUUUGCAUUAGUUGUACAUUUUUGGUAAUAUUGUUUCUGUUUGAUUUUGCCAUAAGAUGUGGUUGAUCUGUGUGACUUAAUGUGUGAAAAAUAUGUGCUACUUAUCAGAUGAUAAUGUGACUUUGGGGCAAAACUCGUGUCAAAUUUUUGAGUUGAAAUGUUUUAUUCUGUGAUGUAGUUGUCAGAUCUUAUAAUUGUAAAGUCAAGGUUUAAAACUGUUUAAUGUCUGUUGUUUCAUCCUUCAGUGACUAUUCUGCUGAAAUUUUAUCACUCGUGAUAUCUUGGUACUUAAUCUCAAAUUUCCUGUGUAGAGUGACUUGAUUGGAGACAUGAUAUACAGUUUCAAUACGAUGAACCAAACAGAUCACUGUUUCAUUUGUCGACCUGCUUCCUGCUUCUGUGUGUGUUUUCUUUCCAUUUUUUACCUGAUAUCUCCCCAUGUGAAAUUAUAAACACUACUAAAUGUAACCAGUCAUUUAUUAUAACUAAACACAGAACCCUAUAGUAAAUUCAGAAUAAAAAAUACAGUAAUUGGGUUACUUUGUGUGGCUGACUGUAUCUGUGUAGUGCAUAAAGAGUCAAAUGUAAAUAUGUAGCCUUUAUUGUCAGUAAUUUAUUUAUUUACUUCUUCCAGCACACAUUGUGGUAUAGACCAGAACCCUUGUCCCAGAUAUCUGUUUUACAGUAAUUUUGCACUUGAACAGCUUUACCUGUGUGCAUGAUCAGCAUUCUUGGGAUAAAAUAUUCAGGGUAUUCAGAAAUUCCCAUUACAGACUUCUAGGACUUAUACAGAGAAUGAGUACCUAACAUUUCGAAUAAGAACCCAUGUGUGGACAUGUCAUCCAGCCAUCCUACAGAGCAUCAAAGUUAUAGGCACCAGCACCUGUAAAUGUAUGUAUAUACAGAAUGAUUCUGUGAUGAUGUUACAAACUUUAUAGGGUGACAGAGGAGGAUAAAUGUGUUGAGGUAUUGGUCCCUGUAUCAGAAACAAAUGAGUCGAAAGUUACAACCGAAAACCGUUCUGAUGUCUCUGACAGUGGAAUACGUGUACUGGUACUGUUGUCAAUAUUGUAGGGUAGGCAACUUUCAGAGGUGGUAUUAUGGACUAAAACAGGAAAAAAGCCUUUAAACAUGAGCCUUAAGAACUAUGAGCACUCGUUCAAUAGAGGAGAUGUGUUUCACACUAGCUAAGAUGAACAAGUGCUCAUAGCUCCUAAGGUAUGCAUUUAGAGCCCAUGUUUACUGGACAUUUUUUCUUUCUUUUGGUCCAUACUACCACCUCUGAAAGUUGCCUAUCCUACAAUCUUAGCAGCAACAGUACCAGUACAUGUAUUCCACUGUCAGAGGUAGCAGAAUGGUUUUUGCUUAUGAUUUUUGACUUGUUUGUUUCCGGUACUGGCGCCAUGACCUCAAACUGAUACAAACUUUCUAGGAUGACAGAGAGAGAUAAAUGUAUCAUCACCAUGGAAUCAUCCUGUAUAUACAUACAUUUUCAGGCACCGGCACCUACAAUGUUGAUGCUCUGUAGCAUCAUUAGUUGAUGUUUCUGGACACAAGCUCCUGUUCAGGAUAUCAUGUACUCACUCUCCUCUAAAAGUCUUAGAGGUUUGUACUACGAAUUUCAGAACACUCAUUAUAAUGGGAAAUAGUUCAAAACCCAAGUAUAAAUUCUAACUAAAGAUCCUAAUCAGCCACAGCAAACUACACAUGCUACUACAUAGUUAACAAGUGCAUAUGCACAAGUCAAUUAAGUACACUGAAAUUUGCUGCUACCCCCAUAUGCUAAAAGUCUACAAUAACAAUCUGAGUGUACACUUCGUCCAUUCAGGUGGUAUUUUACACAAAGCAUCAUCUACAAAACACACAAACUCAUCACAUCAUAUUGGUUUAGAGGUGCAAGUGUACCACUACUACCACUGAACAAAUAUUGAUCAUGAACUGAACUAGCAUGCACAGAUGUACUGGGUACUGUCUGCUGUAGUAGUGUCUCAUCAGGUGUUUCUGAAUCGAAGUCACUUUCACUAGCCUCAACAUCCAUAUUGUGAAACCUUUCAGAAAUGUCACUGAAAUUAUCAUCACUUUCUAAAACCAGCUGCUCUAUCUCCAAAUUUGAUAACUUCUUUUCACCAUUCCAAAAAAAAAAAAAAAAAUCCCCUCACUAAUACAGUGGUAAACACAGAUGAAAAGGUGUGCUUUUUUGUGGUUGUUUCACUGGACACAUACUGUCGACGUGCACUCGAGUGGAAAAUGUUGUAAAUAACACAGAAUAUGCUGUGUUGCCUGAAUAGAGCUGCCAUCUAGUGGAUGAAGCUCAACUAAUACCACAGUUUCAAUGGCAUGCAGAUAACUUAUCAUUCCCACUAGCUACUAACCACAGAACGCGGCAGCCAGAUGUAUCCAUCGAACCCAUUGUGAAUUAGCAGAGCAGGGACGGAUAUAUCUGCCAUGCCUACUUAAAGGGUUAAGCACAUUUAAGAUAUUUGUAUGAUUGUCAUAGUCACCUGAGGAUAGGCAAGUAGACACAUGUAAAUCAUUUAUCACUUCUCUCUCCUUCAUUUAAAAAAGUUUAUGGUUAUGUGUUAAACUAUUAUGAAAGACUGACAGCAACUGGAGUAAGUUGUGAAGAUCGUAAAUAUGCAGCUAUAAUUUCGCAAGCAGUAAGUUAUAAAUUCCUGAAGUGUACUUAGCAGUCUACAAGAUUUUGAAUGGAAGCAUAUUUACAGCAUGUUUAACUCUUAUUAUUGCUCCUGUUUUGUAAGCUGAAUUAUUACUGUGUAAUCCCAAAUGUUUAAGAUUGUAUUUAAUAUAAAUGAAUCACAGUAAUUAUUGUAAUUUUAAAGGAGGUCACUUUAUUUAUAUGCAACUACAAAGAAAUUAACAGUUACUGAGAUAUGAAAUGUCUGAAGCAAUGUAGUCAUUCUUGGGAGUGGUAUGUUCAGGAUUGAUUAUUUGGGUACAUGAGUGAGGAAAAGUAACAAUAAUAGGCUUCAGACACUAUUAUGAAUUAGGUACCAAUAUAUAAUUUGUUUUUCUGUUAAUGGAGCCAUAAUAAAGAGCUGUUUAUUGUGUAUUCUACCAGCAGCCUCUUAAUGUUACUUGUUAUCUCUCUCAACUGAAUAGCUACAUUUUACCAAAAAUAUUAUUUUUGUCACUAUUCUCUUUAGGUGUUUUAAAAUGUUGUUCUGUUGUGUGAAGAACUUGAUCAUAUAUAUUUGAUAGACUUUCUUUAGGUGGCCAUGCAUUUGGUGAUGUUCUUGAAGCUGAUAAAUGAGUGACAUUUUCUUCAGCAGGUACUGGUGUUUCAGUAUCUUGUUGCACCAAUUGCAAAAUUUUGUAUGAAAUAGUAGACUGCUUUUAUGUGGCACUAAUGCUGUAGAAAUUUGAGUAGCUUCCUGAUUUGAGUUCCUAAAAUGAAAAACAGGUUUUUAAGGAAACGUUUGCUAUACCAGUUUCUGCAGACAGAACAUUACUGGAAGUCUGUUGCAGGCGACCUUGAGUAGAUAUGGAAUUUUUACAGUUAGAAACAUACACAACAUGUUUCUACAUGUUAUUUCAGAUACAAAAUACCAAUUUAUUGAGUUUGAUUUUGGUGCAACUAAUAGAGUAUCUAAUUUUAGAGGAAUAGGGGCUCUAUAAAAUAUGGUAUUUUAUUUUUAAAAAAUUAUGCAGAUACCCUCAUUAAGAAUUCGUAAAGGUGCUGAAGCCAUAAACACUCUAUGAAAUCUUCUAUAUUUGUUUACAAGAGAUGAUACUUUUCCCCUAAGUACUAAUGUGCUGAAACCAUACAGAUAGUGUGGUUUAAAUAACAUGGAAGAAAAGUAAAACUACCGUCACAAUGAUUCUGUAGUAAAAUCAAAUUUUUCACUGCAUAACUAUUUAGUGUCCACACUAGAUCAAACUUAUCCUCCAUAUGAGUUUGUUGAGUCUCAAAAUGGAAGCUGGAUUUGUCAGUAUUGGUACAGUGAUGGAUUAAUCAAAUAUGGUGCCUCUGGAGAGUUUGUUUCGGUAAUGUAGCAUUAAAGUUGAAACAACUGUGAGGUAAAUUUACAAAGUAUUUUGUAAAUGCCCUAGCAGUAUAAUUUUUUACACUGAAGUAUUUAAAGAAAUUAAUUAAAUAAAACAUUAAUAGUAUUUAUGUCUGUUUCAUUUAGAUUAGAAGGUGUGCUCUGUAGAAUAUCCUGACCAGUUAAAGAAUCAAAAAGUUUAUUUUACCAUAGACUUGGUACAUAUACUUAAUCUGCACAAGAGCUUGAGCUUUAAAUUUCAGUAUUUUUUGUCUGUGACAUUAGUUUUCAGGCUAUUAACCUUCUUCUCUACUGUCUCACGAAGUGCAGUCAGUUCAUUUUCUGGCAAUAUUUCAAGUAAUCACUUCUCAAGACAUUCAGUUGUUAACAUGUACACUCACAUUCAGUAAUCAUAAAUACUUUUUGGUGAUUGUGACAAGUUUGUAGAAGUCUCUGCUACCCAUGUUCAUUGUUUCCAUGUGCAGGUGCAGCAUGCACAAGUGUAGAGAAGGAAAUUUGUUCAUGUCUCAAAUAAGAACAUGUUAAAUAUUUGCACAGUUUUAACCUUAUACAGAAUUGUACAUGGGUGCACAAGUGACUUGCGUGUUUAUACUUGUCAAGUAUGCUGUGACAGGUGUAGCCAUCCUAAGGUAAUACUGCAAAAGAAUUGUAGCACAGCCUUUUUAGACAUAAGAAGCACUGUGAAGGAAAUUAUUGUGAAUAAUUAUGAUUUCAACCUCCAGUGAUAUUUCUCACAUAGGCCUGUGACAAAUGAAUUUAUGGGUGAAAAUCAUUUCGUAAUGUAGCACACAGAUUAAUCCCUGAAAAAAAGAUUUGGCUAAGAGCAUACCUAUCAGUUAAUUAAUUCUGAAGAUAAUACUCAAAUGUGACUUGAGGUACAAAAGCCCAUUGGUGCUUGAGAGGAUUAUAUUGAUAUUCUUUGUUACGGUCAUUUAUAAAUUCGUUUAUGAAAACUGAUCUAAAUGUCUAUCAAAUUGGUAGCAAUAAUUUGAUCAUAUUAAAUAAUUUUGUUGUUCAAGAGAUGUAAUGGAAAGACGCUGAAGUACAGAUAUGAAUGAAAAUAAAUAAGACUAAUAUAAAAUGGUAAACAACAGAGGAAAAUUUACUAGUGUAGGUUGGUGCUGAAACUGUGAGGUUUUGAGGGGAAAUAACGAAACAGCUGAAAUCUUUGUACAUGCAAGUAUAGUUAACCUCAUGGAGCACACAGACAGACUAUAAAUCAGUAUGCCUCAUCAUUUUUGUGAGUUCUAUGUUUGAGACAUCAAGAUGACUAAAAGUUUAAUGUUACUAGAGGUGAACAGAAUAGUCUUUGAUUGUAGGCAGUUGUAGACUAAAAUGUAUGGAAGUUGGAACACAGUUGUUAAAAAUAGUAACAAGUGGUAUCAGGUUUGUGUUUAGUGUAUGGUAUUUAAUGUGAGUUAGACCCAUGAUCGUACAUUGUGUAUGUGGAAGCUGCUAAAUCUCACCAUUUCUUUAACUUUGUUCAACCAUCACCCCCCCCCCCCCCACACACACACACACACACACUUCUUUCUUUUUUCCCCCCACUUUCAACCCCAGCCUUAGAACUGAAGUGAAUUUUUUUAAUGUAGAGGAAAAAAGCCUGUAGUAAGGCACAAAAAUGCAAAAUGAUAACAGGAAAUUUAGCAAAACAUUAACACAGUGUCAGUUGUGUUGUCAGAAAAGAUUGUUUCUUUUCUUUUGUAUUUCAGUAAUUAUUUUUUUCUGUUCUACCCUGAGAAGGUGAAGCAUAUCUCCUUAUAUAUUGUGUAAAUAAAUUUUUCUGGAUGAUCCUAGCAUUUGUCUUAAAUGUUAUUGAUAACUUUCAGCUGCUUUGCUGUUGUCUCAGUGUUGAGAUCCUGAGCUGUGUGUAUCCAUUUAAAGUUUGAAAGCAAUGUCCGUAGCAAAAAUAUGUCAUUAAUUGUGGCUACUACUGAAGCCAUUCUUGAGUUUUCUUAGUCUAUUUUAAUAUCCUUCAUUAUAUUUGGAAAAAAGCAGUAUUAGUAAUACCAAAGAGUAAUGAAUUAUAUUUAUCAAGUUCCUGGAACUAUUUUUGUGGCUAUGAAUAGCAGUAAAGGAAUGAAAAUACAUGGUCUCUCUCUCUCUCUCUCUCUCUCUCUCUCUCUCUCUCUCUCUCUCUCUGUGUGUGUGUGUGUGUGUGUGUGUGUGUGUGUGUGUGUGUGUGUGUGUGCACGCGCGCAAGAGAGAGAGAGAGAGAGAGAGAGAGAGAGAGAUGUCAUUUGCUGACCUUGUCAAAGGUGGUUUAGCUACGUUAUUUAAUGUAGUUCAGAGUAUUCUUUUUCGGGCAGUGUUAAAUAACUAACACACAGUAGUAAUGCCAGUUUCCAGUUGUUUUAAUAUAAUUAAGUUUAUGUCAUCGGACUGAUGGUAAAAUGCAAUGUUUUUAUUUCAGUACAAGCGGCAAAUUUCUAAUGACUUUCUAUUGAAUAUGCUGUAAUAAAAGUUAUGAAACUGUUUUCAAUUGUUGUAUAUAUGUUCAGAAUACAUUUAAAAUUAAUUUUAUUACAGAAUUAUUAUGUGAUAUCAGAAAAUGUUUUCU